ACUAUAGCUGUUCUCCCUUCCCUCGUUUGCCGUCUUCUCUCACAUACUUAUAGGAUAUAGCCGCGCGCGAGCAGCUGCUGCUCCCGAGGCCCGAGCCCGCGCCUAAAUAGAGUCUCGACGUGCAUAUACAUCCACACAUAUUAAUAUCCUCCAGUGUGUUGUCUGUGUUAUUCGCGCCUUAUUUAUAGGCGGCUUUUAGCGAAUUCGGUGUCCCCGCGAUAAUGAGUAAAAAGCGGCGCGCCGAACUUGGUGGAUAAAAGUCGAUUCGAAGGUAAUUGUGCACAUGAGUACAUUGGAAUAUAAGCCUAUACUCGUAGUGCUGUAGAGUCGAGUGUGGCUCUAAGCGAGUGGAUUGAAGACUCCUGACUCAGGUAGAUUUCUCCCGCGGUGCGGUGCUGUUUUUCCGUUUAACUUUUCGACUGAAGGCGACUGCUGAAAUACUCAGCUAUAAUUUUUAAUGUGAUGAAAAAACGAUGACCAGUGCUCUGGGAUUAGGUAAUGCUUUUAACGACGAUGCACACAAAAACAAACACACCAGCUAAGGAAAUGGUUGAACUUGACAUGCCUGCAGCACAGGAGCGACAAACCUCCUUUCUUGAAGAUGACCUUGCUAUCAGCUCUUCUACACAUGAUUCAUUCGCAGAGAAGACAAUAACAGAGCCCGAGGAGAAAACGACACUCGACGAGACGACGCGUCAAAGUGAUCAAACAAAUUCCGAACCCGACCAACCCCCAGUGAUUUACGUGAGCGAGGAUGCGAUGGACUGCAACUACGAUGAGUCUUCCAACCUCUCGAGGCCUCAGCAGCCUCAGCCUCAGCACUUCGAACUCCAAGACGCUCCAAGCCCCGAGCUCUUUGAGAGCGACGCCGAUGACGAGGCCGAGAGCACCAACACCACCUCCACCUUCCAGAAGAGUCUCGAGGAGGCCAGAACCUCGCUUCCCAGUCCCAAGAAGCUCACCACGCCUGAGCUCAUUCUCAAGGCAGAUAAGUUUUUGCUGAGAAGGGUGAACAAGUUUUUGAGCGGUGUGCCACCGCCACCGAAUCAUACUAUAUCGCAAAAGGAUUGCGAUGACUUCCUUGUAUAUAUUAAACAAAAUAGACAAUACUUUUGGGCUGAUCCGUUUAAGCUCGACGAGAAAGAUGCACCUGUUGCCAAAUCCGAGGCGUCUGUUUCGCAGCAGGAAUCUAAUCAGGAGAAGAGCGAUGAAACGACCACAACAACGACGACGAGUAUGAGUAGUAAAGUUUUUUCACAAAUCUCUCAGAAAGCUCCUCUACGGAACCUCAGCACAGCGUUCGACGCGUGCGAACGAUCUAGUUAUUUACAAGUUGACAAGAACGACUCUGUGGCAGUCGACGCAGUAUUUUCAGACACGACGAGUUCGCUUACGCUGUCGGACACGCUUCUUAACUCCUCUAUUGUGUCAUCAUCCACGUUCGCUGUGCUGAACGAAGAUAGUAAACUAGGAGAUUCAGACGACAAGGAAGCACCACCGACGCUGUUCACGUCGAUAAGUUGUGAAGAGGUCGCCAAGUUGUCUUGGCCGGCUAUGCUCAAACACAAAUGUCCUGAAAUAUACUACAACAGGAACAAAGCGAUGGAGGAAUUCGAAAACCUCAGAUUAAAGUUGUGCGACAGGUAUAUUGGAGCCGAGACUCAAUCGACGUGCAAUGUCUGGUUCGCCAAACAGAUGCCAGGCAGUGCUAGAAAACGAAGUCUUCUAGCAAGACGGAACAUGGGACAGAGUCCCGGCAAAAGACUUAGUCACCUCGCCAAAAGACGAAGAACAUUUUCCAGUGCUAAUGUGCAAGGUCUUGGUCUUGCAGAGAAAAAACAAAUUAUACUUAAUGCCAAAAAAGUGAUACGUAGAAAAAAGAGCCCACGUGGCAAAACCCCGCGAAAGACGCCGAGAAGUUCGGCAAAGAAGCGUCAAAUAAGGAGGCUCAUGCUCGAAGGUCCAUCUCCGAGGAAGUCUAAAAUCGAAACUUCGAAGCGAGCCCUCUUUCAGAGCCCGCCUAAUGAUAGGCCUGGUCCUAGUCGAUUGUCAUUGCCCACAUCAACUGUAACGACUAGUACUAUUAACAAUAAUCCUCAGAAAAUCAAGCGGGCACUUUUCCCAACACCAAAGAAAAACGAAGUCGACGAAAUAUCGCAAUCGCAGCCAAUGAAUUUCGUAGACUCGAGGAAGAGCUCGCAGCCACAGACGACGAUAAGUUUCACAGAGUCAAAAAAGAGAAAGAGUGAAGAAGAACUAGAACACUCGAAACACAAGUGGGCAAAGAGUCUCUCAUUCGACUGCACGCGGAACUUGGAGAACAGCUCAUCAAACACAUGGAACCGGCAUUCGACUGGUAGCAGUUUAUCUAAGGAUUACGGCAAGUGUGAACUCAGUGAAACACAUAGAAAGAAAUUACUGUGGGCUGUAGCGGAAGCUCUGCGAGGCAAGGGUAUUGGUUAUAAAGACCCGAUGUUCAAGCAGUACGCUGCUAGCUUAGCUCGCAAAGUAAGAAUGUACAUGCCUGAGUUGGAGAACAAGAACGUCCCGAGAAAACCCGGCAGCACGAGUGAUCGUAUGCUGAAGCUCGCCAAGCGACACGUUCUCCUAAUCGUCGAAGCCAAGACUGCUCUUUAGUGUUUUUUUUUUAUGACUCUGAAGAUAGUUACCGGUUUGUAUAUUAAGUCACCGACGCCAACGACAUUUGAUUGUUACGUAGUUAAUUUUGAUCGAAAAUACCUGUGACUUCAAUUUUUGUUUAGGCAGCACUCUGGUGAUUGUUUUUCAUUGCUUAGCUAAUAUAUAAGGGCACAAGUAUGUUAUAGAUGAAAAAUAUUUUGAUGAAUUUUUGCGAUUGUUUUCAAUGUAGGUAAAACACUUUUCAUUUUUGAACGAUUUCAAUUAGAAACGACAAUUUUAAGCUUCAAUUUCGACUUUGACGUUUCUCUUUCAGAUUUCAUUUUCAUUGAGAUGUUUAUAUAAUAUACAAGAAUAACUAUAAGUAUAAUGUUAAGGUUUUAGAGAUAUCAUACAUCUGAAAUCGUUUUACUAUUUCUGAUACAUGAAAAUAUUUUACUGUAUAAAUGAAAAAUAUUUACAGGAAUUUGUAAACUAGUCUGUACUGUGAAAGUUAAAACCCGUAAUAUUAAGAAAAGAUCGCCAGAUAGCAAAAGAACCGUUUAUUUUUACAAUUAAGAUAAAAUGAAAAAAAAACUAGACAGAUCAUGUAUAUCAAACCGGCUACGUCAUCAGAAGCAUUAGUUUUUUAAUGUUAUUUAACGAAUAAAUGAACGAAUCUAUAAAAAAAUAUGAAGUGUUGCACUGGAAUAUGUACUAAGGUUUAGAAGGGACUAUAUUUUAAAAACAAAAUGUCACUUAUACGUAUAUAUUGUUGCAGCUAAACUGGACUAUGAAAUAAUUUGUACUAUGUAGAAUUAAGAUUUGGGGUAUAAACAAAUUAUAUAGUUUGAACAAGCCUUGACUUUGUUUUAUUGCGAUAAAAUAUAUUUUACAACUUAUAAAUAAUUAGUAAAAGGGCUUACUUCA